ACACUGCGGCAUGAUGAGUCACAGAACAAGUUCAGAAUGAGCAGUGUUUGGCAGAAGCUCGACGUGGUGGCUAGGUUUAGCAGAAGGGUGACUGGCGCCGACCCGGAGCUGAUUCGGAAAUCACUUCUGAAGCUCUAUGGCAACUCCAAGAAGACCGUUGUGAACAGGUGGAUGCGGUCAUACGCAAGUUUGCCGACUAAGGUCUUGGAGCACCUGCGUACCUUGCGGACUGUGCCUGACGUCUGGGUGUUUGACAAUGUUUUCUUUCUUGGGCCAGGCCAGCAGAAGCUGAAGGCCGACGACGCCAUCCGUGUCUUGAACAUGGCCGUGAAGAUGCGAGAGGAUGGGGCCGAGAUUUCAGAAAACAUUCUAAAGUCCCAGAUAUGCCCAGCCAUGCUGUCCAAAAGUGCUUGGGUGAAGACCAUGCACUCAACUUUUGGUGGCUGCGCGAAAAGCAGUGCCGCAAUGGUCCGAGUGACUGCAAUGUUAGAGACGCGGUCCGGGCUGAACAAAGUGCUUGCGUGCAUGGCAAGCAAUGUUCCAUUGCACGGGGUCUCCGACGAGAACCCGGGGAUUCACGAGU